AGGCAGAUAUAAUAUAAUUUCAUUCACUGUAGAUAAUACUACUGCAUUAUCAAGUACCAUACCCCAUACUAACCGCAGCCCUAUGCAUAACAUGCAUAACUAGCAUAACUAACCCGCGCGGCACAGUUCCUUUGUAUACACCCAACGCUCCCAGAAACACCACAUAUCAAACACCUCGAAAGCAAACAAAAAAAGAUGCUACGCCUCCUUCAACAACCCCCCAAAUCCAAAUCCAAACUCAUCCCUCUCUACACCCUCUACCUCCCCUGCCACACCAAACCCAGCGCCCGCCGCCCAUUCCCAUCCAGCGCCAGCGGAAUGAUCACCGGCGUGCGCGACGGUGACAAAGUCGACGUAAGCGUUUCCGCGCCUGCAAGAGAUGGCGAGGCGAAUACUGCUGUCAUGAGGGUUUUUGCUAAGGUUAAUUCCCCUCCCUCCCUUGUAUAUGAAAAGGUAUUCAAUACGGCGCCAUCGAAUGUAGAGGUGAUUCGCGGGGAGAAGAGCCGGGAAAAGGUGCUGAAGAUUCAGGAUUUGGUGUUGGAUAUUGGUGAAAGGGAGAACAGACAAAUAAAAAUGUCUACACAAGAUACCCAACCAACUACACAACCACAUCCACCCCUCGAACAAAAAACAUCAAAACGAAAACCCUCCGACGCGCAACCACCAAUCCACUUCACCGCGCGCGAUCCCCCAUGGACUUAUCUCAAACUGCAAUUAAUAUCUCAACCCCAACCGCAAUCGCAAGGCAAAAAUGAUACCCCCCUCGACCCUCUCACUGCCCGCACAUAUCUCACUGCCGCCCUCGGCCAGUUCCUCGGUUUAAUUGGGACUAGUAUUUCGAUUGAUAUUCUGAAAAUUGCCUCCUCAUCGCCCUCCUCGUCUACACCUACCUCUUCUCCCGAAAACAUCGUCUGGAUCCGCGUCCCCCGCGCCGACGCUGCGGCCGUCGUUGCGGCGCUGAGUUCGUGGAUCGGUGGUACAUCUGGAAAUGGAGGUGUGGCGUGGAGGGUUUGCGCAAAGGGGAAUUUUCUGGGUGCGCUUGUUGCGGGGGAUGGGAGGGAUUUAUUCGUGCCGUGAUGGUCGAUGACAGAUGAUUCGGAUAUUAUAAUUUGAAUGGAUGAGUGGUGACGACGGUCAGGCGGAAUCGCACACUACUUUAGACUGGUCUUAUGGUUCGCAACAGUGAAGCAUGACCGUAUCUCAUGGGUUCUCGACAUGGGGCGCUCUGGUGUCAGAACGAGUCGAUCAGCGCAAUCGUGCCUCGAGGUAUUGCCUCAGGGCAUUCUCCAGUGUGAGGACUAUUUGACAUAUGGACAUACUCUUAUGUCUAAGAGGAAAUAAAGCCAUAACGCCUAGCGCAAAUUGCAGAUCUAUCUAAUAUCCAAUUCUAUUAACAAACUUCCAAUCCAGACAAAAGAAACAAUUCAAAUGCUUUUGCAGUGUCAAUCUGUUGUUACUGUUUCAAACAGUGAGUGAUAAACGCCAAACUCUCUCGCUUAAAGAUAGU